UUCUCUUUUUCUCUAAAAGUUGACUGGAAGAAUGAAGAUUGUGUGCGCAGCAUUGUGUGUCCAGGCGGUCGGCGCCUUCGUCGCGCCGUCCGUGGUGAAGUCCGGCCUGGCCAGGGCGUCCUCCAGGUCGGCCGCCCCCAUGCAGAUGAUGGCGGACGCCGUGGUGAAGAAGCUCUCCGUGGGCGACUUGAAGGAUGAGGACCUCAAGGGCAAGAAGGUGCUGGUGCGAUGCGACCUCAACGUCCCCCUGAGCGACAAGGUGAUCGGCGACGACACCCGCAUCCGCGCGUCCAUCCCCACCAUCGAGCACCUCCUCAGCAAGGGCGCACGAGUCGCGUUGUCGUCGCACCUCGGGCGACCGAAGGACGGCCCGGAGGACAAGUUCUCCCUUGGGCCCGUCGCUGAGCGGUUGACCAAGCUCUUGGGCAAGGACUGCAAGAUGGCGCCGGACUGCGUGGGCGACGAGGUGGCCAAGAUCGCCGACGGUCUCGGCGACGGGGAGGUGAUGCUCCUCGAGAACGUCCGCUUCUACCCGGCGGAGACUAAGAACGACAAGGACUUCGCGGAAAAGCUCGCCGCGCCGUUCGACCUGUUCGUUAACGACGCCUUCGGUACCGCGCACCGCGCCCACUGCUCCACCGAGGGCGUGACGAAGUUCCUCUCGCCUUCCGUGGCGGGGUUCCUGCUGCAGAAGGAGCUCGACUACCUCGCGGGCGCCGUGCAGGAGCCCAAGAGGCCCUUCGCCGCGAUCGUCGGUGGCUCCAAGGUGUCCUCCAAGAUCGGUGUGAUCGAGUCUCUCCUCGCUAAGUGCGACAAGCUCAUCAUCGGCGGCGGCAUGGUGUUCACCUUCCUCAAGGCCCGCGGCCUCGGCGUUGGUUCCUCGCUCGUCGAGGAGGACAAGCUCGAGCUCGCCAAGGAGCUGGAGGAGAAGGCCAAGACCGCCGGCGUGGAGAUCAUCCUCCCCUCGGACGUUGUCGUCGCUGACGCCUUCGCCGCCGACGCCAAGACCCAGGUGGUGAAGGCCGACGCCAUCCCCGACGGCUGGAUGGGGCUGGACAACGGACCCGAAGCGACCAAGGAGAUCCAGGCCGCCCUCAAGGAGUGCAAGACCGUGGUGUGGAACGGACCGAUGGGCGUGUUCGAGUACGAGGCAUUCGCAAAGGGAACCUUCGCCAUCGCGGAUACCCUGGCCGAGAUCACCUCGGAGGGCUGCACCACUAUCGUGGGCGGCGGCGACUCCGUGGCGGCGGUAGAGAAGGCCAACCUCGCCGACAAGAUGUCGCACAUCUCCACCGGCGGCGGUGCCUCGCUCGAGCUCCUCGAGGGCAAGGUGCUCCCCGGUGUGGCAGCGCUCAACGACGCUUAAUUGGAAGGUGUCACUCUUGAGAUGUAGUCAGGUGGUGGUGGUGGGCGUUUUUUUUUGUUCAUGUGCGUGGGAAGAAGUAGAAAAGGACGCCCCCUUUCUGUUUGGACGAGGAAACCCCCACCUCUUUUAGGUGUGUUCGUUUCAUUCGGUCUCUUUGUCGUGGGAGGAGCCGAACGGGAGGGGACUUGGCGCGAUGCAGUCUUGCGAUGGCUGCUAGCUAUAGAGCUAGCUGUGUCUAGAGGCGUGGGUGACUUCUUCUUCGGGAGUAGACUCCCUGAGGUCACCGUCGCGAAAAUCAAUUUUGGGAGGGGAGGGGGGCAGGUGUUGGUGGUGAAAGCCCGGAACACUUGAGUGUAGCUAGCUGGUCUGACUCACCAGACCCCCGUUUUUUACACGGAUUUAGCUUUUUUUAGAGAUGAUGGGGGGGAGGUAUUAGAUUCUGUUGACCAGGCAAAAUAGACACGUUAAAAGAACGACACUCGCUCUCUUGUUAAGGAUGUUCCAGAGUGGGGGCCCCACUGGGAGACCGGCCAUUUGGCUUUUCAGAUUCGAUUUGUAGAUCACGGAAUCGGAACUCAAGUGAAGCUCGCAUGCGUGCACAUGAGGUUGAACUGCUCGGGUUAGUACAAACAACACACCGAAGGUUCCGCGACAUCGUUCUUAUUUUUUUGUUGUGGACGGGCUCUCCGAAGUCCUUACUCCGAAGGAAUUGAGAAAACCUU